UACUUCAAUGAUACCAGCUACAGAAAGAUGGAUUACGAUGUUCUGAUCAUUGGCGGCGGCUUUGGAGGAUGCUAUGCCUUACACCAGCUGCGCCAGUCGGAUUUUUCGGCACACAUUGUGGAAGCUGGAUCGGCCCUCGGCGGUGUGUGGCAGCGGAACAGCUAUCCCGGGGCAAGAGUUGACUCGGAGACGCCUUAUUAUCAGCUUUCGUUGCGGGAAGUCUGGAAAGACUGGACAUGGUCGCAACGCUUUCCGGGGCACGAGGAGCUGAAGAGAUAUUUCACACACGUCGACAAAGUUCUUGACAUCUCUAAGGACGUGUCCUACAAUACUGUUGUGGUUGGGGCCGACUUCGAUAUGGCGACAGCCAAGUGGAUCAUCGAGACCGAUACAGGACGCAUCAUCACGUCACGAUUCCUGAUUCCGGCGACAGGCAGUUCAAUCAAACGAUAUGAGCCCGAAUUCGCAGGAAAGGACCUUUUCAAAGGCAUAGUUGUACACCCCGCGGCAUGGCCUGAUUCCGGGAUCGAUCUUGAGAAUAGACGAGUUGCCAUCAUUGGAUCAGGUGCGACGGGAGUUCAAUGUGUGCAAGAAAUUGCCAAACAGCCUGGCGUAGAGCUGACAGUCUACGACAGCUUGAAAGCGAUAUACAAAACACUUUUCAAGUUGGCGAGGGAUAGUAGUGCCGGUCUACCGUGCGAUGGACCUACCCAGGUCACAAAGGAAACAACAACGGAAGAAAGAGAGGCAUGGUGGGAGGAGCUAUGGAAGCGAGGGGCCUUCAACUUCCAAACAGGCCAGUAUACGGACUUCUUGCUGGACGCUGAAGCAAAUGAUUUAAUCUACGAGUUUUGGACAAAGAAAACCAAAUGCCGGGUGCGGGACCCGGAGAAGCGAGCCAUAUUGGUGCCUGACAAACAACCAUUUCCAUUUGGAACGAAACGAAGCAGCUUGGAGCAGGAUUACUACGAAUGCAUGGACCAGGAUAAUGUGGAAGUGGUGGAUGUGAAGAAGACGAGCAUCCGCGAAUGGACAGCGCGUGGUAUCGUGACCGAAGAUGGAAAGGAGAGAGAGCAUGACAUCGUUGUGCUAGCGACGGGUUACGACAGUAUGACCGGAGCUUUAACAAGCAUGAGACUCCGUGGAAAGGACGGCAUCGACAUGAAAGAGAGGUGGAGACAGGGCGUUUGGACGUACCUUGGCUUGAUGUCUCGAGGAUGUCCGAACAUGUUCAUGAUAUACGGGCCGCAAGCUCCUACAGCUUUGACGAACGCGCCGGUGUUCAUCGAGCAGCAAGUCGAUUUUAUUAUGGACUUCCUAGUCAAGCUCCGCACGGAGAAUAUCACGUUCAUUGAGCCUCGUCGUUCAGCUGAAGAGCACUGGAAGAAAACAGUACAGGCAAUACACGAGGCUUUGCUUUUUAGCAAGAGCGAUACAUCCUGGUACGUGGGAGGGAAUAUUCCCGGCAAGAAAAAGGAACAACUAAACUAUCUUGGUGGUAUUCCGCAAUAUCUUAAAGAAUGCCACGAAGGCACCAAGGACUGGAGCAAUUUUGAUGUUGUCGCGGGGGCUGGAAGUGCAAUUAAAUCAAAGGUAUCUUAA